AUGACCGAAGCAGCAGACGUAAAGCCCCGCGUCCCCGCUCCGCCGCCAGAGGAGGAGCAGCUCCAGAUAAAGGUCCCAGGGGAGGGAGGCGCGAUAUGGGCAGUCCGAAUCCCUCGAUUCGUUUACGAUAAAUGGAUCAAGGUGGAUGAGGGGGGUGUUCAUCUGGGGACACUGGUUAUUGACUCCUCGGCAAACCCACCGAAAAUCUCCCUCAAGAUCCCCGAACCUGACAUCAAGCCCGAAUCUCUCAACUCCAUCGACGGUCCCUCUGUCAAGGGCGAGCGGUCCGUCCAGUCAUCAUCUUACGACCUGACGGGGCUACCGCCAAAUUAUGACCUCCACGUACCGGAGGAGAGGGCGAAGAAUACGUGGGUGUUUAGCGAGACGAUCAGGAGUGUGAGCGGGUUGAGGAUGGAUGGGGGGAUGAUGGGUGGGAAACGGAAGCGGGAGAAUGCAAAUCCAACGCUGCUCGGCCCGGUCCAACACGAUUGCUCUUUAAACCCAAUCAACGACGACCAGUACAAGAUCAUCAUGAAGCAGCGCAAGCUGGAAGCGGAGCACGCUCGGCGCCCCGUCAUCCGGAUGGAAGAGGUUGAAACCAACAAGGGGAAGUUGAACAUGAUGAGUGGGGGAUGGGGGAACGUUACCAGCAAGAUGGGCGGCAGCAUGAUUACCAACUCAUCUCGCCUGCCCUCAGCGGACAAAGCCACCCGCCUCCCUCGCCCGCAGCUCCGCAACACCCUCUUCGGCCUAUUCCGCCAGAAGCCCUACUGGGGUAUCGGCGCCUUGCGAACGACAACCGCCCAGCCCGACGCGUGGCUCCGCGAAGUGCUCAGAGACGUGGCGGUGCGCGUGACGGAGGGGCCGUACAAGGAUCUAUGGGAGCUGAGGCCGGAUUGGAGGGACGCGGGCGUCAAGGGGGAGGUCAAGGUAGAUGGUGGGGAUCCGGAAGAUGCUGGGGAGGAUGGGAAGGAGGAGGAAGACUGGGAUGAGGAUGAUGAUGAGGAUGACUUUGAGGAGAUCGUGUAG